AUGGGAAAACCUUCUUCCUUUGUCUUCCUCUUCUUACUUCAUUGCUUCACGGUCGCCUUUGCUUCGAUGCCUACAAACAUUACUACUGACAGAUUUGCACUUCUUGCCCUUAAGUCCUUCAUCACUUCAAAUCCAUAUGAUUUCUUAGCUAAUUGGUCAGUCUCUUCUUCUCCAUGCAGCUGGGAUGGUGUUACUUGCAAUAUUGGUCAUGGAAGGGUUCAUUCCCUAAAUCUUAAUGGCAUGGAACUCAAGGGCACCAUAUCCCCACAACUAGGAAAUCUCUCAUUUCUUGUUGAACUUGAUCUCAACACUCUUUUUGGACAAAUCCCUAAAGAGUUAGGUGGAUUGCAUAGAUUGAAACUAUUCAACUUGAGUUACAAUGACUUUCAUGGGCCAGUUCCAACAUGGAUAGGAGAUUUGUCUUCACUUGAGCAACUAAGUCUUCAAAAUAAUAGUUUUAAUGGAUUUAUUCCAUUAUCUCUUUUCAAUCUAUCAAGGUUGGAGAUCUUGGAUUGGAAUUUUAAUCUCAUUGAAGGGGUCAUUCCACUGGAGAUUAAACUGUGGGAUCAUGAUGAAGUGCAUCCUUCAAGAAGACCUAUGAUUGUCUGGCUUGAAACCUCUUAUUCUCUGUGGGACUUGUAUGAAAUUGAUAUGGGUUUGUCAAAAGAGAAUAUUGAGGGAUGUGUAUAA